UAAUUCAUGAGCCAGCAGGAUGUGGUCGCUGUGCUUUCAGAACGCCUUCUCAUAGCUGCGUACAAAGGCCAAGCGGAUAAUGUGGUGCAGCUUAUCAACAAGGGUGCCAAGGUAGCCGUUACCAAGCAUGGCCGGACACCCUUACAUCUUGCUGCCAAUAAAGGCCAUCUUCCUGUUGUCCAGAUCUUGUUGAAGGCAGGCUGUGACCUUGAUGUCCAGGAUGAUGGGGAUCAGACUGCACUGCAUCGGGCUACUGUUGUAGGGAAUACUGAGAUCAUAGCUGCUCUCAUUCAAGAGGGAUGUGCUUUGGACCGACAAGACAAGGAUGGGAAUACCGCUCUUCAUGAAGCAUCCUGGCAUGGCUUCAGCCAAUCUGCCAAGCUUCUCGUUAAAGCAGGAGCCAACGUGCUUGCCAAGAACAAGGCAGGGAACACAGCUCUGCACUUGGCUUGUCAGAACAGUCAUUCCCAGAGCACCCGAGUUCUUUUGCUGGGAGGAUCUCGACCUGACCUCAAAAAUAAUGCAGGAGAUACCUGUUUGCACGUUGCCGCUCGCUAUAAUCACUUGUCCAUCAUUAGGGUUCUCCUCAGUGCUUUCUGUUCUGUCCAUGAAAAGAACCAGGCCGGAGACACGGCUCUUCAUAUUGCCGCUGCCCUAAAUCAUAAAAAAGUGGCUAAAAUUUUACUGGAAGCAGGCGCUGAUGGGACAAUUGUCAAUAAUGCUGGUCAGACUCCACUAGAGACAGCCCGGCAUCACAAUAAUCCCGAAGUUGCUCUUCUUCUCACCAAAGCACCACAAGUCUUGCGCUUCAGUCGUGGGAGAAGCCUACGAAAAAAGAGGGAGAGGCUCAAGGAGGAGAGGAGAGCUCAGUCUGUGCCACGAGAUGAGGUGGCCCAGAGCAAGGGAAGUAUCUCAGCAGCAGACACUCCCAGCAGUGAGCAAGCCACUCAGAAAAAAGGAGAGGCCAAAGAAGAAUUCUACUCAGCAUCUCCAGAACCCCCAGUAAAGAAUAAUCGAAAGAAAAAGCUGAAACAAAAGGUAUCUGCGUUCUCUGACCCCACCUCACCAGCUGACCAGCAGGCUGUUCCUGGGCACCAGAAGAAUUCUCAUAAUCAUCCCAAGAAGAGGAAUAAGCAUCGUUGCUCAUCCCCACCCCCUCCUCAUGAAUUCAGAGCUUACCAGCUGUAUACCUUGUACCGUGGAAAGGAUGGAAAAGUUAUGCAGGCACCAAUAAAUGGAUGCCGUUGUGAACCAUUGAUUAAUAAACUGGAGAAUCAGCUGGAGGCAACAGUUGAGGAAAUAAAGGCAGAGUUUGGAACUGUGCAGGACAAGAUGAACACAAAACUGGGGCAAAUGGAGAAUAAGACCCAACAUCAACUUCGCGUUCUGGAUAAGUUGAUGGCUGAGCGGCUGUCAGCAGAGAGAUCAGAGUGUCUGAACCGUCUGCAGCAACAUACUGAACUGGAGAAGCAUGAAGGAGAAAAACGACAGGUAUCCCUAGUGGAUGAAUUGAAAACAUGGUGUAUGUUAAAAAUUCAGAAUCUGGAGCUGAAACUUUCUGGAGAUUCUAGAGUCUCGAGGCAUAAAUCAACCCCAUCUACUUCUGAAUCUCUCACAGGUGCAGACCAAUCAGUGGUUACUACUACCAGUCCAGCCACUGCUUCUGCUAUCCCCCCUCUGGUUGUUAGGCCCAAGGAAAAGGCACUUAUUAGUUCUACUGCUUCCAAUAGAUUGCAACAGGAACCGUCAUCAUUAGACUGUGGGAACUCUAAAUUGAGACAUGUUAAAGUACAGACAACUUUGUUGCCGUCAACUGAAGCAACUAAAUGCGAACACCAGGCUGGUCACUGCAUGGACAAAGGCACUCAAACGAAGAAGUCUGGGAAAAGUGGGCAGACACGGCACAGGCCCCAGCAGCAUACAUCAACACAUGUACCUGGCAGUACAUGCACCCAGCAGCAACCAGUAGACCACCAGGCUGGCCCUCCCAUUCGAGACACCUCCCAAGCUCUAGAAAUUACACAAUAUUUUUUUGAGGCUGUAUCUACACAAAUGGAAAAAUGGUAUGAGAGGAAGAUUGAAGAGGCCCGGUGCCAAGCUAAUCAGAAAGCACAGCAAGAUAAAGCUACACUAAAAGAACACAUUAAGAGUUUAGAAGAGGAACUCAGUAAGCUAAGGACUAAAAUACAAAAAGAAAGUUAGCAUCUGGGCACAGAGGUGUUUAAGUACUUCAGAGCAUAUCUGAUUUUGCUAUGAACAAUAAUAGCUGGGAUCAAAGUGUUCAUCCUGGUGCACAAAGACUUGCCUUUAAAUACAAACAUAUGUAUACACACAAUACUUAAUCGCUGAAAUGUGAUCUUUGUGACUUCUAUGCCCUGAAUUCUUAUUGUUGAAGUUCUCUCAUACCUGAAAUCAAGAGUAAUAGCAUCAAGUUUCAUCACUCAAAACUCAGUUCAGGUUCAUGGGAAGUUUUUAGUUUUAGAUUGAGUGGGCCAAGUUAAGAAGAUUGUGAAACUGUGGAACAUAUAACAGUUUCAAGCUUUAGUCUAAUAUUCAAGAAGUGUAAAAAUAUGUGCACCAAAAAACAAAAGCCCUUUAUGAAUUCAAACCAACUAGUUCCACAUUUAUGUUCAAACUCACCUGCUGUGCCUCAAAAACAGAUCUCUGAAUGAUCUGUGACUUUAAGAUGAAUUGAACUAUACCUCUCAAGCUUGCUGUUUUUGUAAAUCUGACACACACAAAAAAAUACCUAGGAAAAACAAGAUUUUGAGGGGAAUGAAAUUUUCUGAUUUUCAUUCAGUCCCUCUCACAAAAUUGUAAUCCAAAAAUUACUGAAAAGAGGAGUCUAAAACCCAUUGUAAUAAGUGGAUGAUAGUAUAUUUAAAUAAAUUAUUUGUUAAUGGAAAUGGUUAUAUUGGCAGAGUUGGAAAUGCUUGCAAAAAUUAGAGCUUCAGAUGAAUGCUUAUUCACAUUAACUUGUUGCAGUUACUGUGAUUAUGGAAGUUUUCUCUGGCUAAUCUUAGAAUAAUUUUAAAACGAACAAGUGAAAAAUAUUAUUUUAACCUUACUAUUUCCCAGACUUUUUUGUGAGCAACUGAAAAGCUAACUCAGAUCAUCUGGAAUCCUUUCUGAAUUUGAGUUUAUGAUAUCAGUAUCAGGAUUUUAUGGAGAUAUGGAUAUUCUCUUAUCCCAAAAUAGAAAAUGUUCUGGUAUUUAUUCUCUUGCCUUCAAAGAACCUCCAAGUAUUCUUAUGGAUAAUUGAAUCAUCAGACAUUAUCUCACUUAUCUUCAAUUUAGCAUGGCAUCAAGGCCUUUUUCAUUGAUGUCAUGAAAAGAUAAUCAAGACUUAAGGAGUGUAGUUUUUGCAUUAAAACUUUUAGGAAGUACCAAAUAAAGCAGAAAUUGGAUGAAAACUCGUCAGAAAUCUGAUAGGAGAUACCUUCCUGUCUAAAUAUUGGUUGAACUAGAUUAUCCAUGAGGUUCUUCCAGUUGUGAGAUUAAUUCACUAAUUAGCCUUGCCCUUUAAAUUUCUGUCCUUUUGGAGAAUAAUUGACAUAUACAUCUGCUUAAAAUUUCUAGUCUUAAGAAUUCGAGUAGCAUAUAUUCUUUUUCUGUAGACAAGACUUCAGAGGUCCAUUAUUUAUUAUCCUUUCUUUAUACAAAACAACAUGUUUGCUAAACCAGAUGCAAAAGAAUUUAUUUUGAACAGUCAACAUACCCAGAGGCUCACUCACCACCGCUUAAAAAAAAAAAAAAACCUUCAACCCACAGUAAUAUAAUCUAUUGACUACUGAUGUAUUAAAUUUGUAUUUUGGGAUAGUGUUAAAUUAAGGUGUGGUAAAAUACCCAAUAGAGUAACCUAAUGUAUGAAUUUCAUUAUUUUGUAAUUUUAAAAACUAAUUUAAUAUUGUCUCAAAUUUAUCAGUAUUUUUUGUCCUCUUGCCCUUAAAUUAUAUGGCUCCUGACCUGUGCAGUAUUUCAUUCAUUCCAUUCCCUUAAGUGUUCACUAGUAGCUCUAGAAGCUGCCUGUCUCAUUGAGAUUUUGCUAUAUUGAGUUUUUUCUAUCUUGUUCCUGAAGUAAAAAAAUCAUCGCUCAUAGAACUUUCCAUCUGAAAGGUACUUUAACAAUCAUGAUAACUUAAAACAUUCCUUAAUUCAAUCCAAAAGAAACGGUUAGCACCUAGCAUUAAAAAGAAGUGAAAUCCACAAAAUAAUACUUAAAUGUUUAAUUCUCUGCCCUUAUUUAAUAACAGGUCACAAUUUUAACUCAAAGGGGGGUCAUUAAAUUUCAAACUCAUUUUAAUUUUUUAAAUAUCAUGUAACUUUUUUAAAAAUAGCAGUAGGGUGGAAAAUACUAGUUUGCUUAAAACCAAACCAACCAGCAAUUCAUAGGCAGAUAAUUCAAUUGCUAUAUUGCCAUCUUGAUAAACUGUGGAGUAAAGAAAAAAUUCUAGUGACCCAAAGCUACGUCUCCAGUCUUUCAACCUUUUUAAACCCAUGUUCUGUAAGUAGACUAAGGCUAUACAAAGUAGAAAUGCAAUAGCUUCCUGAUUACAACAAAACCUGGACUUUUCUACUACCAUUACUCUGCAUUUUAAUAGCUAGCUUUGGUUAGAAUUUUAGUUAUUUUGUUUGGUAUUAUCAAAAAUAAGUUGCAAAGCUAUAAUUUUUCUUACCGAUACAAAAGAACUUAUUUUGGACAGUAAACAUUUUGUCCCUAUUUAUAUAUCACAACUAUACUUCUAAGGAAUAGAAUAGUCAGCAAAAAAAAAAAAAAAAGGAAAUAGUAUAUUUCCUGCCAUAUAAACCAAUGUGUCAAAGUUGGAGAUGAAAUCUUUGUAGGUUGAUAGAGAAAUUUGCUAUCAUGCAGAAUUAUGCAUUAUAGCUAGUUGUUUGUUUUUUUAAGGAAUGCCUAUAUUUUGUAUGUUAAGAUGGUAGCUGUAAAGUAAAAUCUUGCAGUAUUUGUGAAAAUUCCUUAGCGCACUGCUGAGUACAUUAAAUAUCUGUGAUGCAUACUAGUUCUAACCUUUUGACUUAGGUAGUUCAAAAUAAAGGAAUUAGGUGGUAACAUAUUUAUGUUUUUUUCAAUCAAAUGUUAAACUACUAUAGGAUUACACUAAAAAGGCAUAUUGUUUUCCAUUUAAUGUUUUAAUCAAUUUGAAUUCAUUUUUAAUACUAAAAUUCUGGUUAUUAAUUUCUAUUUCAUUGUAUUUUAAAAACAUGAUUCUAAAAUUAGCCUAUAUUUGUUUGUGGGCAUGUCCCUAAACAGUACAGCUCAUCACCACCACCACCACCACCACCAAAAAAAAGAAAAAAAACUUUUGCCAUAGAGUGAAUAGAUCUCUUGAGUAGAAAGCAAGUUUGCUUUGAAUGGAUGAAGUGAAUACAAUUACUGUGAAAGGCAAAAUUAUUCAGUGAUAACAUAUGGGUAACUGGAUUUUUAAGAUUUGCCUUUUUUUCCACUUCUUUGCCAAUGAAAGAAGAUGGCUGUUGUUUCUCUCACAUGAACAGCAAGACACAGGAGACAGCUUUUGUUUUAAAUUUUUGAGGGGAGCCAGAAAACCCAGUUCUUGUAUAACUUCAACUUCUGAUAGGAAAUACUGACUUCUUUAAAGCUGCAUGAAAAAGUUAAGAAAAAUUUACUCCAAAAAGAUUGUCUUGAAAUAAUAUAGAAAUUUACAUAAAUUUUUCCAAUUAAAUUUUAUUAAUGGAAAAAAUAAUUACUUUUUUCACUUAAGUUAAAAGAAAUAAGGUAUUUUUAUCUAAUAUGACAACACAUAUCAGCAGGAAAAAGCACAGAAUUUGAAAAAUAAGAGGAAAUCAUACUAAAAUUAAUUAUAGUGAAAUUUAGCCUUCCAAAGGCAUGUCAUUACACAGCAACACUUAAAAAGAAAAACUACCUUUUACUAUAAUAACCACCAUGUGUAUUUAAAAGUCAUGGUCAGGAGUACCUAACUAAAUUUUGGAUAGCAUCAACAUAAAAUUCCUUUAGUAACCAUUCCUAACAGUAAAUGAAUGAUGCCCUUUCUAGUUGAUAGGCUUUAAUUUCCUACCUUUUUUAUACUUUGACUAAUUAUUCACAUGCAGAUUCAGACCUGGAAAAUACCUCGUCAUGUAUUCCAGCCCCUUACUUUAACAUACCUAGAACCUAAAAAAGUUAUGAUUUGCCCCAGUUUUGCAUAGUACAACCAGUGAACAUAAGUCUUCAAGUCCAAAUCCAACUAUCUUAGUCAUUUUGCUAAGCUGCCUCCUUGGUUAUUUCUUUGGUCAUGGCAACCCAUGAAACAAAGAAAAAUAUUCAAUAAUACUUGAUCCUUUAUGCCCCCUUCCAUUCUGCUCCAACAGUGACAUGGCAGUGGAAGAAAAAGGGGGUAAAAGGUGCUAAAAAAUUAUGGAGUAUUCAUAAAGUUAACUAUUCUAAAUAUCUGAUCUUGAAACUCAAUCAUCUUCCAUUUGUGGUUCCGUUUCAGAAGUAUACAAUGAAGGAGCCAUAGUUAGAUUAGUUAGAUUAAUGAGAAUUAUGAUGUGCAUACUUAGAAGUAUGUGCAGACCACAGUAGUUAAAAAUGGGCUUCCAAUAGUGCUUGGAUCUACCUUAGAUCAUAUUCGGAUACUAGAUUCAGUUUAAAGAUGACAUUGGUAAGUUGAAGAAAGUCCAGAAGAGAGCAAUCAGCAUAGUGAAGGAACUGAAAUUUAAUGUCAUUUGAGGGUCUGCUGAAGGAACUUGGGAUGUUUAUCUUGCACAAGACACAUGCAGGAGAUAGUGGGAUAUAUGAUAGCUGUUACAGGAUUUGAAAAACUGCAAUAUGCGAUAGGAAUUAGAUUUGUCUGUCUCCAAAAAGUAGGGAGAUCACUAUUUUUCCAGCAGAAUAUGCAUUCAUUAGUCAUUUAAGAAUGAUUAUACAUUUAGGAUCCCAAAGCCAAGUUAUUGUUUAUAAAUUGUCUAGAAAUUGUGAUUUUUAACAUCCUUUUCCUCCUUGGAAAUUUUAAAACCUGAAUGGAUGAUCACUUAUCAGAUAUACUAUGAGAAUUCUUUUUAAUUAUGAAUUAGACCAGAGGUUUUCUACCUCACAUCCAUCAAACUGGAAAUAGCAACAAAAGAAAAAAUGAUAAAUGUUGGAAUGGCUACAGAAAAUAGGUACAAUAGAACAUUACUGGCACAGCUGUGAAUUGGUCUAACCAUAAUGAAAUAUCCAAAAAGUUAUCAAACUGCACAUACUCUUUGACCAAUCUAGGCCUAUCCUCCAAAGAAAUCUAAGGAAAGAGCAAAGGAUCUAUUUGUACAAAAUACAUUUUAGCAGCUAUUUUUAAAGGUAGUGAAGAAUUGCAAACUAAGGAGGUUUCCUACUAAUGGAGAAUUAAACAAAUUGAACAGAACAUUGUUAUUCCAUAGAAAAUGAUGACAUAACUUCAUUUUCCAGAAGACUUCUGUAAAUGGACACAAAGUAAGCAGAACUAGAACAAUUCAUACUUUAUAGAAAAAAUAAUUCUGAAAAAGUUUGGAAUUCUCACCAACUCCAUAGUAAACCAUGAGUCAAGAAUAAAGCUGAAACAUUCCAUUUGAUUUCUGAUAGAGAAGUGAUUAACUUAAAAUACAGGAAAAUAUAUUUACACAUAGUCAACAUGGGAAUUUAUUUUGCUAAUACAAUGGUUUUGAGGACUGAGUAUGGGAGGAGGAUAGCAACCAACUAAUGAAAAAAAAAAAAAAAAAAAGAAUUCCAUGAUUGCUGAAGUCUUUCCCAAAUCUUAAUUCCUGUAUUUGCAGUAUCAAUUUAGAAAUUAUGACUAUAAUCAAAACUAGAAGAUGAAGUUGCAUGUAAAUGGAAAGAUGGACUCUAAAGAUUGUGUUUUGGAGAUGCACUUAAAGGAAUCAGUUGGGUUAGAUCUUCCUCUCUGGAGGACAAUGAGAUGAGCACAGAUUUGUGUAAAAGGUAGUAAAUAAGCAGGCUGGAAUUGCCUUUGAUUCACUGCAAAACUACAAAAGCUCUCCCAAGUUACUCCCUAAAACUAAGACCUAUCUUUUAAAUGAUAUUCAUCCAAGUGAUGUCUUUAUUUCCAGUCAUGGAACACUACUUUCUAAAGAACUAAAGGACUGUGUGUGUUUGUGUGUGUGUGUGCACCCACACAUACAUUAUUACAAAGCAAGGAGUUGUGAAGGAGAAACAAUGUAAAGGACAUCAUUAAGGAUGAUUAAAAAACAUGGGUCAUUUAUAUGAGAUUUAGGAGGAAUUAUAAAACAGCUCCCAUGCUUCACUGGUUUCCUUGUGAAGUCAGCAAUAUGAGGAAAGUCCCUAGUACAUUGUCUGUACUUUCCAUAAUAAAUUUAUAGAAGGAAUCACAUCAGGACAUAAAUGAGUCUCAUGACAUGUCAAGUCAUGGAUGGGUUGUGAACUGCCUUGUUGGAACAAUACUCUUGUCAAUAAGAUCACAAAUCCAUUAGAGUAUAGGAGUAUUCUUGCUAUAGCUAUGUCAUGUUUAAUCAUCUAGCAUAGCUAUGUCAUGUUUAAUCAUAUAGCAACUCACUAAACAUCCCAAAUACUCAACCCUAAUAUUUUAUCAAAUGUAACUAGUUGCUUCUGUAAACAUUUUUAGAAUUUUCCUUAAUGCUUUCAUUAGAAUCAAUCCUAAUCUUCUGGAAGCAACCAUCAAAGUGAUUAACUAAAAUUCAAGACAUGAUAAAACAGUAUCCAAAAAUCUAGUUUCCAAUUUAUAUUAAGUAUUAGACUUUUUAUUUUGAACUAAAGAUCAAAAAUCCCCUUUCCUAUAAGGUGGUAUUGAGAAGAUUGUAUGAAACUAUUUGUAUUAUGUAGAGCUUGCUUUUAAUUAAAGUUAUACUAAAUUCAACAUUA